GCGCGAGGUUGGCUGUAAGAUAAGAAACAGAAUAAAUUCUCUCCUCAGGGCGGACCUGAUCCUGGCAACAAGCUCAGACUCCGGCGGAGACCAUGGCGUUUGAUGGGACCUGGAAGAUCGACCGGAACGAGAACUAUGACAAGUUCAUGGAGAAGAUGGGCAUCAACAUGGUGAAGAGGAAGCUGGCGGCCCAUGACAACCUGAAGCUGGUCAUCAGCCAGGCGGGAAGCAAGUUCACCAUCAAAGAGUCCAGCGCCUUCCGCACGGCCGAGAUCGCUUUCGAGCUGGGGGUGACCUUCAACUACAGCCUCGCGGACGGCACGGAGCUCACGGGGACCUGGAGCCUGGAGGGAGACAAGCUGGUCGGGAGAUUCAAGCGGGUGGACAACGGGAAGGAGCUGAACGCCGUCCGAGAAAUCGUGGGCGGCGAGCUGGUCCAGACAUACGUGUACGAAGGGGUGGAAGCCAAGAGGAUCUUCAAAAAGGAGUGAGCGGUGCCCGCAGCUCAGCUGGACCCACAGGGACGGCGUUGUGUCACCACCGUUGUGUCCCCCCCGGGGCAGUGAACUCCAGGCCGGCCGGCCGCGCGCCCCCGGCUCCCGCAUCCAGCCUCCCCAAGCCCAGAAGGGAAAGCUCAUUCGGGCUCAGCAGGGCGCCCUCUCUGAGCUGUGCCCCGAUGGGUGUUCUGAAAGAAUCUGACCUUUUGUAAAAGAUGAAUAAACAUCGUUCCCACAUCACUUUACAAGGAGCCUCUCCUUUAAA